GUGCCGGUAUCGUCGAAUGUUGCGUCGCGCAUCUCCGCGUUUAGCACGCAUUCAGCCAUUUUUUGCUCGUCGCCCUUUCCUUGGCACCGCCACCACCACCUCCCCUUCCUUCGCCUCGUAUUCCAGCCAAGCUCGCUCCUUUCGUUUUCAGAUGCCGUCCUCGGCAACGAACUGCGCGCAGCCAAACGAGGAGAAUGGCACAAAGGACAAGCCAGAGUCGGAGUGGCGGGCUACGCUGAGCCCCGCGGAGUAUCACAUAUUGCGGGAGAAAGGCACUGACCCGGUGGGCGGGAAGUACGAUGACCUCUAUGACGAAGGUGAGUACGUGUGCGCGGCGUGUAAGACGCCCUUGUACACCUCCGCGAUGAAGUUCGCGUGCGGGUGUGGGUGGCCCGGCUUCUGGGACUCCAUCCAGAAGGCGGUGCGGGAGCAGCCGGACAAGGACGGUCGACGCGUGGAGAUUGUGUGCAACGCGUGCAACAGUCACCUGGGCCACAUCUUUCGUCACGAGGGCUUUUCGAACCCCCCGCCAAACGAGCGCCACUGCGUCAACAGCACCUCCAUCCUUUUCAUCCCAGCACAGGGCAAGAACUAG